AUGGCUGAGCUCAAGUCGCUCUGUGAGAAGUACUUCUCACUCCCGGAGCGGAAUUGGGAGCCCGAGAUGUACUUGUGGGAUAAUUGCAGAGCCUACCUCUACGGUAGAAUGGAAGAUAAGGAAACAAUGUGGCUCUACAAGCAGCUUUCCCAGCGGAAACAGCAAAAUGAACGCGCGGUACGCAUUGCAAUGGCCCUCGGCUGGAAUGACAUCCAGAAGCUUGGAAAUCCGGCCGAUCAGGGGGCACCGGACCCAGCUGCACUUAGAGCACUGAGGAAAUGCGCAGAGAGGAGUGGAUGUCACGUAUCUGGCCUACUGGUGGAGGAUACAUUCUUCGAGUGGACUGGGGCUGCAGACUGGCUGACGAAGGCUUGGGAGAAUGCGGGCUGUCCUGCUGUUGCGGCGGAGGAUUGGGAGAAUGCGAAUGUGAAUGCAUAG